CAGACACUCAUUGGGUCGGGGGCAUUAUCUGCCCAAACAUUGGUUUGAAAUCGAUCGACGAACCUCAUUGUAGUUUUAACUGCUAGACACAAGACAGGCCAACUAUUACUGAGGGUUUGUUGGCUAAAAGAUUCCAACUGACCUGACCGGGAUUCAGGUGAUUUCAGUUGCAAGUAUAUGUGUCAGAUCCGGGCCACUCCAUACCCUCUCAGAUAACCGAGAUAGUUGGGUGCUGCCUUGUGGACCAGAAAGAUGCUUGUUUUACAACUCUGCAUCUAUUCGAUAAUUCUCCACAUGUCGUCUGCUGAACGAUGCGCAUGCGCCACCGGAAAUGUUCAUGUCCGUAGUGGUGCUGGUGUCAGCCACAGCGUUGUGGGCACGAUGACGCCGGGUGAGUGUGCCAGCUACAAAGGUGACGAAAUCCCUGUGGGCAGCAUGCAGUGGGCUCACGUCGAAUACAAAGGAAACGAUGGUUUUGUAGCUGCGAGCUGGCUCAAAUUUCAAGAUUGCACAAUUCAACAUGUUUCAAGUCAGUGCGCAUGCGCCACCGGAACUGUGCAUGUGCGAAGUGGAGCCGGGGCAAGUCAUGGUGUCAUCGGGACCUUGACCCCGAACGCAUGCCAUACCUACAAAGGCACAACAGCGCAUGCAGGUGGAUUAGACUGGGCCAAUAUUGACUACAACGGGAAGGAUGGAUGGGUGGCGGACAGCUGGCUGACAAUAGGAACAUGUGCAGGAAACCAAGGGACCACUUCGACCUCCACCCAGCAACUACCCGGAUGUCCCCACAUCGUAUCACGUGCUGCGUGGGGCGCUAGAGCACCAAAGGUGCAUAUUAGCAAUCUACCAGCCACGCCCCAGAACGUGUAUAUUCAUCACGGGGCCUCUGCCAGUUGCCACGAUGAGACGACCUGCAAGUCCAUUAUGAGGUCUUAUCAAAACUAUCACAUGGAUGGACACGGCUGGGACGAUAUUGGUUACACCUUCGUCAUCGGGGAAGACGGAAACGUGUAUGAAUCUCGAGGCUGGGACAAGGUUGGAACCCACACCCUCAACCAUAACUACGACGGGCUUGGGUUCUGUGUGAUUGGGGAUUUCACUGAUCACGUUCCUAACAUGGAUGCGCUCAACGCUGUGAAGCAGCUGAUCAAGUGUGGCGUAGACAAUGGCAAAAUCCGCACGGACUACGUCAUCUACGGCCACCGUGACGUCAGACAAACAGCCUGUCCUGGUCAGAAGUUUUAUGACCUUAUUCAAACGUGGCCUCAUUACAAGUCUCCCCACUGAUGUAUGUGCUAAUAAACCUAGUGGUAAAACCUCAAAA